GGCUGUCAAAUAAAAUCCUUCAAAAAGGGUAUUCGGCGCGACUUUUUUCUCCGAGUGAAAUUUAGAUUACGAAAUGAAUGUUUUCAACUCUGAUUAGCUUUAAAAUAAAUGUUUGUGAUAGAAUAUUAGUACUAAUAUUUGAAGGGCGAUAAACUGUCGUUGUGACUUAUGGUUAUCGUGUUACACAUUGAUGUAAAAUUGUAUCUAAUUACUUUGCAGGCCUAGGGAAGUUCAAAUUGUAUAUUCAAUAGGGUAAUGUAGGUAGAUUUUUCUUGUAUACAAGUAUACAUAUUAUCUGCAAGUUUACUAAAGUAAACAAAGCAUUCAAGACCCUCUGAACAAAAAUGGAUCAACAAACAGAACUCCAUAAUGACCAUGACCCCAACAUUAUCAACUGCGAUGACAUACCCGACACUAUCUCAAUAACAUCAACUCCAGAAAAACUCAAAAAAACAAAGAAAAAACGUAAACGGAAAAUUAAUAUUUACAAUAUGGAUAACCUAAUAAUCACCAAGAAGCUAAAGCUUAAAAAGAAAAAAAAUAAGUGUGUUUUAAGCGUAAACACAUAUGAAGAAUGUUCAGGGUCUAUUGUGAGAUCUGCUUAUAAUGUCUGUAGGAAAGAUGCUUAUCAUAAAAGAAUUGUGCCGAUUUGUUUGAGAGAUAUGUGUUCUGAUAUUUCCAGCUGUUGCAGGUCAACAUUGAGCAGAGAAUAUCGUAACCCGAACAAAAGUCUAUCCUCUAUAGCCUUAACCGAUGUGUUCGCCUGUAACAACCUUUCGUACGAAGACGUGAGCAACGGAAGCUUCUCGAGCGACUCUGAGGAAUUGGACACGCUCAUUAAACGUACCAAACAGCGAGAAAGACAAAUCAACCAUUUCUACCCAGCACGAGAGUAUACCAGCACACCAUUGUCGAAAAUCGAGUAUAUACCCACACCCAGUCCAUACAGUAUCGAUACUGACAAAAAAUCCAUACACUCUGAUACCACUAUGGAACUACACCCACUUUCCGAAGCUUAUUCCCCAACUACAUCUUUAGAUGCAAUACACAUGGAAAAUGAUGUAGCUAAUGAUAGGACUGAUAUUAAUCUACCUUACUCUUCUACAAUGAUUCCCGAUUUAAUCAAAAUGGGGAAUAUGGAUUAUUCUCCAGUAAAAAAUAUAGGAGAUGAUAAUGUGCCAUACUCUCCUACGUUUACUCCAGAAAGUAUUGCAAUAGAUCAUGUCCCAAGUCGCAACAUGAAUGCACCAUCUAUAUUUUCAUCUGUUUUCGUCAAAAUGGAAAAUUUAGAUAACAUCACAACGAGCAACAAUCUUAAUGGAAACGAGAAAUCGUCUACAAUGACUCCAGGAUUGAAAAUGGAAAAACCAAAUAGUUCUAACAUAAACGACAGUUUUAAUAUGAAUACGUUUGCAAAAGUUAGAUAUUCUCCGAGCUCUCCAACUCUAACUCCAGAUUUCCACAAAUUUGCAAUUACCACACAAAUGAACACUAAGAAUAAUCCAAAUGUAGCAAAUUCUGCGAUUACAGCAAUGAUUAAACAAGGGAAUAUAAAUGAAUAUACAAUUAAUAAUUAUACUAAUUCGCUAAACUCUAGUAUUUUCACUGAAGAUUUAAUAAAAAGGGAGCCUUGUGAAGAAUAUAAUGAUCACUCUUCUGACACUGAAGAUAACAUGAACAAUACAAUUCAUUGUAAGAAUGAAAAGAUGAUGUUGAGUAAGGGAGACACAGCCAAGGUGAUUCAAAUGAAAUAAAUGUCAAAA